AAACAAAUUCCACUUAAAGCGGCGGCGGCGACGGCGGCGACGAUAGACGAUGACCGAGCAGCCCAAUUUCGCCGCGCUGGACGACGAAAUAGACUCCAUCAUGAACGUGCCGAGCCCUGACACGGCCAAGAAGAAGCGACAGUUUGGCAUUCGCAGGGGACUUGCCGAGCACACCGAGCACAAGCCGACCAACGUGAAUCGACGGGACACCGGGUUUGGGCGGCCGUCCAAGGCAUCAUCAGCAGCAGCAUCUGCACCCAUCCGAAAGAAACCCCGGAGCAUGGGCAACCAUUCGUGGGCGCACAACGACCCGGUGCCCAGCUUUGCCGUGUCGGCGAUCUCGACUUCGUCCACACGUUACUCGACGUCGAACCAGUUUAUCAAGCAGCCGCCGUCGCAUCAUCGUCAGAACAUCCCGUCCUCCAAGAUCAUUCCAGGACACGCUCUCAUGCGAACCGAAGCCACGAGACAGACGACGGCGGCGCUUCCACCCGCCACAACCACACGUGCUGCUACUGGAGCUUCGUACAGCAAACCGCACAAGAACCUCAUGACCGUGAGUCGCCCUGUCCAGCCCGGGAUCUUGGAAGCAUACAGCGGCGGCAAGUCCUGGACUCCCCAUCACGCCAUGUCCCUCACGCCCCCCGGGAAGAAACCACCCGCCAAAUCCAUCCCGUCCACAAGCCGGCGCCGCAGCUUGACCCCAGCCGCCGCAUCCACCCCCGAUAAUGACAUGUGCGACACGAGGCAUCCUCUGCGACAGAAACGGGUACCCUCUGGACCACCCCGUGUCACAGACGAUAUGUUUUACCACGACGCGCCGACGGUUUCCCGCCGCAUCAUCCCAGCGUCCGCAUAUGGCGCCACCAGCUCCAACCGUGUCGCAGAUUCUAAACAGAAUUCGACGACGCAGCCCAACCGUGUCGCAGAUUUCGAACAACAAACCAAGCGAAACUCUGGCGGAACCGCCGAGAAACCCAUCCACUUGUCGGAUUCAGAAAACGAAGACGACAAUACGCCCAUUCACGAGGUUACUACUAGUACUACUAGUACUAGUAGUACUAGUGCGCCAGACAAUUGGGUGGAGUUGCCGUGCCAGUGGAUUUGCUACCAAAACGACCGCUUGCGCCAUGAAACGCUGCAUUUUACACACCACGACAUGCGCUGGGGCCGCCGCCACGUCGUGCUCUAUACGUCCAUCGCCGAGCUCUUACGCGCGCCAUCGUUCUUUGUGGUGGUGCUCAAGUCGGAUCAGUUUGUGGUCGUCCAGCCAGUUGGUUCCGAUACGUCGGCGGCGGCCAUGGAGCGCCUCCGUGAAACCCUCCAGUGGUCAUGGCGAGACUUACGUGACACGGAGUAUGCCAAGUACAAUAAUAUGCUGCUUGAAACCACCAAUACCAAAAAGGCGCGGCCGUCGCACCGUGUCGCAGAGCCAUCUCCGAUUGUGCUCGUAUAUCCGCUGCCUCCCCAUGUCACAGAUGUGAUUUCCAUCACUCAAAACGACUUGGAUCGACUCCAACCAGCCGAGUACUUGAACGACAACCUCGUGGAUUAUUACUUCAAGUGGCUCGUGGCGGUGGAUUUGCCAGCCAGUGCGGCGUAUUGUACGAUUUUGAGCUCGCACUUUUACAGUCAGCUGCGCGACGACUACAACAACGUCGCGACGUGGUUUUCCAAGGAUUUAUUGGACAACCAGCUCAUUUUCGUGCCAAUUAACCUGCAGAUGCACUGGAGUUUGGCUGUCGUGUUGUACCCCAAGCACUUCACCUCGUCCACAAGAUCAUCCGACAAGCCACCGACAUGCAUUGCCACGAUCGAUUCCAUGGGCAACUACCACCGCAAACCCAAGAUCACGAGUCAUUUGAAGACAUUUCUCAGCUUGCAUAGCGGUAUACAAGACGCAGCUAUUCUAACGGAAAAACUCCGCGGACCCCAGCAAAACAACGGGUUCGACUGCGGAGUGUACAUGCUGCUGGCAGCCCAGCACAUGCUGCGAACAUUUUUAGCUCUGAAGGAGGCCGGCGUCGAGUUUCCCGAUCUCCAGGACCUCUUGAAUGUGGAUGCAUUCAACCAAGUAGAUGCCGACAAGGCCCGGCGAAGUAUGCUGCGCCAUUUGGAGCAACAUGCUGCCGAAUAUGCAAGGCUUAUGGACGCAGAGUAAUUUAUAAAGAUAUGAAUACUAGGGGUAUUUGGGGGGGGAAAUUGGUUAAUUGGAC